CGUAUUCUAGUUGACUACGUGGCGCCGACGUUCCUUUUCAACCGACCGGGGUGAUUUAAACUUAGAAUGAGUAAGAAGAGGGGCAUUUUAGAUCAAUCUGAAAUUGAAUGAGUAGCUAGUUAAUACUUUUAUAGUUUAAAGCAACGUUUGUUAUUUUCAUCGAUACGUUUAGAUUAACGUUUUGCAAUGUCUGGGAAAAUCAAGAGCCGAGUCGCGGCAAAUGCCGACUCGUCUGGAAGUGUGUCUUGCGAUGAGCGCAUUUUACGAGACUGUCAUCAAUUGUACAUCGAUGCCGACAGUGGGCUGGUAGCAGUGGCCCAGUCCGUUGGCGUGACUCUGCUGGCGCCCAGGAAAAAGAUCACGGUCAUGUUGAUGGGCAACCACUCUGCCGGCAAGAGCUCCUUCAUCAACUGGUAUGUGGAGGAACACAUCCAGCGUACAGGAGUGGCCAUUGAGACGCAAGGCUUCAGCUUUGUCACAAGUGGGCGCAAGAGAGAGUCUCUCACAGGAAAUGCCACGCUGCACCUUUACCCACACUUCAAACCUCUACACGAGCUCAAAGGUGUGUCUGAGUAUCUGGGUACUGAGAUCUGCACGUCCAGGCAAAAGCGUUUCAGCCUGGUGACGUUUGUGGACUCUCCUGGCCUGGUGGACGGGGACAUGAAGUACCCCUUCGAUGUGGACCAGGCCAUCAUGUGGCUGGGCGAGCUGUGUGACCUCAUCCUGGUGUUCUUUGACCCCAUGGGCCAGGCGCUGUGCAAACGCACCCUCAACAUCGUGGAGAAGCUCAACGAGAAGCACGGUGACCGUCUGCGCUUCUACCUCAGCAAGGCCGACGAGGCCGGGGGAGAGUCGGACAGACAGAGGGUGAUGAUGCAGAUAGUCCAGGAGCUGUGCAAGCGGCCGGGACUCAACAAGUGUGGCUUUGACAUGCCUACCAUCUAUGUCCCCAACCCCAACAAGCCCAGUCGCUGUGUGAACCAGAUUGAGGAAGCGUGUCGCACCAUCGAGAAGACCAUCAACCAGACGGUCCAGAACACACUCAACUCCCUAGAGAAGGACUGUGAGCUCAUCACUAAGGCCAUUGCAGAUACACUCAGCCACGACAGGCAGACCAGUGUAGAUAACCGGCGGGCGCGCUGUAAGGGCUGUGUGUUGGCUCUACUGGGCUUCAGUGUGCCCUUCAUGCUGAUGGCAGCCCUGGUGCUGGGCAGCCUCUCCAAAGAGCUGCUAGAGAUGUCCCUGGGGCAUGACGGCAUCGAGGCCCUCUCUCUAUACCUGGCUCCUGUAGUGAGAGCGUUUGACUCCAUGUCUGUGGAGUACCAGCUGUACAGUUGUGGCGGACUCAUCUUCCUCGCCUUCAUACUCCUCAUUCUUGCUCGCUUCUCCUUCAGAACUCGGCCCACUCUCUCUGGCCGACAGAAGAGGCAGCUACAGGAAAAGCUGGAUUAUGUGCAAGAGGUGGUGAAGACCAAGAAGAAGAAGCUCUAUGAGGAAUACCUUCGCCAGAGUGUGGGUGAUCAAGAUAUGGACUGAUAGAAAAAGCAAGGUAUGGAUCGAUGGAAGGAAAGAAUGGAGGAAACCACUGAAGUACCACUUAACAUCUCCACUGUAGAGGACCAAAUGUAAUGUAGUGUUUAAACUGUUCAUGCUUUACCUUCCUGGCCAUGCCUUUAUGGUGCACUUAUGACAAGUCGGAAACUCAGAUUUUAAAAUGAACAUACAUUAUUUGCGUAGAGCAGGGCUGUUCAAUGUUAGCCAUCGAAGGCCAAAACACUUCUGGUGUUAAUCCUGUCCUUCUAAUCAGGGACUGAUUCAGACCUGGGACAUCAGGUGAGUGAAAUUAACUACCAGGUCGAAAACUGGAGAACUUGGGCCUCCUCUUUCUACGACGAAUUUCCAAGUCGAAAAUGUCGGAGUUUCCGAGUUGUCUUGAGCGCAUCAUUUACGUGUCACUCGGGCGCACGCAGGGUGACAUGGGAAAUGUAUCCUUGUCCAAGUGUUGUCAGUCUAAUGUCUGUUCAUUCAUGUUAUUGUAAACCAUAGAUCACCUUUAAUGUCUGAUACAGUAAGCUCUUAGAAACCAACUCCUAACUCUGGUACUCAUUAAUUUACCGGUGUUUCACUGCCAUGUUACCUGAUUGUUGUUUUUCCAAUCCUCAUGCAAACUGGCAUCAUGGGACCUGUAUUUUUGUAUGAGAGAAUUCUGUGCACUAACUACAUAAUGAAUUGAACAAAGCAUUUAUAUAUAUUUGUUUCAGUGUUUUUGGUAGCCACAGCUGUGCCUGUUUGCUCAGACAAACACCUAUGAUGCAAUAUAAACCAAUAACAUUACAUGGGACCUGUAGUUUUGUACGAGGUGAACUCCGCAAUCAAUGUCUCUGUAAGCAAAUCGGCAUCAAAUGACUUUUGCACCACUGUUUACUUGCUGUUCCUUUUGUUCACAUGCAACUGUUCAAAGCUGCAAUUGUGCACUUCCACACAUUUUCUGACCUUGAUUAUGUCAAUUGUUACUAACUGUGAGACUAUGUAAUGGGAGACUCAUGAAUAAGCAGUGUGUGACCAAGCAGUUAACAACCAUGAUGUGACACCGAGAGCCUUUUUUUAUUUUAUAUAUAAUUUCUUUUCCUACACUGUUACUGUUUCAUUCAAAAUUAUAUAAUUAAAACGCACAGUUUGUACACUGUUUUCUGUUCA